AUGGCAUCAAGCUCGAUGAGCCGUGGUUGGAGCGUGAAGGAGAACAAGGAGUUUGAGAAGGCUUUGGCAGUGUACGACAAGGACACACCCGACCGUUGGGCCAAUGUGGCUCGAGCGGUCGGGAGCCGAACUGAAGAAGAGGUUAAAACGCAUUAUCAACUUCUCGUGGAGGAUGUCGGUUUUAUAGAGAGUGGUAGCGUGCCUUUUCCCAACUAUAUUACAACAAUCGGAACUCGUUCUGCUGCUGGUGGUAAUAUUAAUGGGAGAUAA